UGUGCACAUAGCUUAAGGUCAGCAUGCUGGGAGAAAAUCCGCUAAACUCCAACGAGCACCGUUUGUAAACAAAACCACUGAUAAGGAAUGACGAGAAGAUUAACAACAAAAACGAUGCCGUUCGUCUAAGUUAUGGUGAUGUAAACAAAAACAACCACAAAACAGAUGACAAGUGCAAUAGAAGCCACAACAAUCUUUGACAGUUACAGCGUUUGAAAAUGACAGCAUAACAAAAAUCAAUAACGUUCAACAGACUUGCGCAGUGCGUGUUAAGGAAAUGAAAAAGCAAGCCAAGUUUUCGCACUACACGGCAUAGAAAGCACACAAAAUUCUUGGCACUGGUUGAAAGUCUUCAUAAAAUUUAGUGGAAACAAUAAUUAUUAAACAAAUAUUAGUAAUUAUUUAAUAAAAACAGUUUUUUAAGUAGAAAUUUAGGCUUGUCUCUGGAGCGUAGUGUGGAAAAUGUAUAACGCUCUGGAAGCUCUGGAAGCAGACAUAAAAAUGUUUUGAAACUUUUGUUGGAAGAAAAAUAUAUGUAAAUUGUAGCAAAUAUUGUGAAGCAAUGUGCAAAAUGUGAAAAGUUAAUGUGUUACGGAAUUAUUGCUUAAAAUACGUAUUGCGAAUUCGGAAAAUUUCGGCUUCGAAAAGCAUUGGGCAUUUUGGGGUGUGUAGGGCUUGAGUAGCAAAAGUGUUGUCGACGUUGCCUUUCCUUUAUCGAUUAAAACCGCGAAAGGUGUUGCAGGCUUUUUACUUGAGCUGUCAACAAUUGCGACAGUCAUGAUUACGUGGAAGCUUUUUUAAAGUGUGAAAUUGCAAUUGAAAUGAGUUACCUAAAAUAGCACUACUUCCCAUAUAUACCAUAACAAAAUAUAAUAUAGAAAUACUCGAUAAAUUUGUACUAGUCAUAAUAUUAAAACUUAACAAUUUCAAUAAUUAAAAAAACGUUACUUGUUGUUGUGCUGUCAUGAGAAAUUAAACCAAAAACAUUUUAAACUUAGACUUAAACAAAAUUGGCAUUUCGCUUAAGCAACUUAAAUUGCUUGGGCGCCGCAAAGUAGACUAACUUAUUCGCAUUAUUGUUUCGGGGCGAAACACCCAUUAUCAAGAACAUUUGUCCACCUUGAAAGUGCAUAGAAUUGUUAAAUAGCGGAAAUGGAAUCCGCUCAGGCAACAACUUAUGAACCGUUAGAAGGUCGCGGCGCCGGCAUACGCCACGAGCCGAUGGACAGUCCAGAGGCGGACGUACGUUCACCCAAAGAUCACAAACAUUCAGUGUAUGUAGCAUUGUUGGCCGCUGGUAUAGGCUUUGUGCUGCCCUAUAACAGUUUCAUCAUCGCCGCCGAUUACUGGCAGGCACGCUUCCCCGGUCGUUCCGUGGCAUUGGACAUGUCCAUGACGUAUAUAAUUGUCGCCUUUGCUACUGUUCUACUCAAUAACGUUUUUCUAUCGCUGGCGCCAUUUCGUGUGCGUAUUCUUUUCGGUUACGUUGUGUCCUUCACCACACUCAUCUUUGUGGCCGUCUGCGAGGUGGCAUUUCAUAUGUUCGCCGCCAAUACGGCGUACUCAGUGAACUUGGCUGCUGUGUCAUUGGUGGCUAUCGGCUGUACAGUCCAACAAUCUAGCUUCUACGGGUUUGCCAGUAUGUUGCCGAAACAGUAUACCCAAGCGGUAAUGGCUGGAGAGAGUAUUGCCGGGUUUUUGGUAUCUUCCAAUCGUGUGGUCACAAAGAUGUUAAUACAAAAUGAUCGGCUAUCAACGGUGAUCUUCUUUCUCACUUCGACACUGUAUGUGCUACUCAGUUAUGCAAUGCAUUUAUUCACUAUUAAUUCACCGUUCGUACGGUAUCACAUGAAGGCGUGUGCAAAGAUUGUGCUUCGACCUGAUGAAGAUCGAUUGCAAAAUGACCUCGACGGUGACACGCCCAUCGCCAAGUACGGUGUAUUAACGCUGGAGCCCACUUCACCGCCAGCAAAUGCGACAAAUAGCACGACAGGUGCGCUGAGUUUCAGCAAUCCCGUGUAUGAGCUUUCCAAUCCAACAGCUGGUGAAAGUGUAAUCGAGGGACUCAAUAGUUUACCCGACAUGCCAAGCACACCGCAAGAGCCGACCACGCCGACCACAGUGGCUUUCAAGGUGGAGCAUGUACUUACGCCAGGUACUUGUACACCUGGCAAGCUGAGCGAUCUGAAGAAUGGCUUUGUGUCACGUUGGACCGUCGCACAAGCGAUCUAUCCGUAUAUGGUGUGCAUCGCGCUGGCCUACUGCGUCACACUCUCGCUAUAUCCUGGCAUCGAAUCGGAGAUUAUUUCAUGCAGUCUCGGCACAUGGCUGCCAGUGUUGCUUAUGUUUACUUUCAACACGGCGGAUGUGAUUGGCAAACUACUCGCUGCCCUGCCAUAUCCAUGGUCAAGGCGUCAGUUAAUAUUAAUGUCUGGUUUACGCAUCGUAUUGGUGCCGCUAUUGUUGUUGUGUUGUGCGCCGCGUCAUCAACCUGUCAUUUCUGGUGAGACAGCGGCCUUUAUUUUUACAAUUGGUUUGGGCGUUAGUAACGGUCUCGCUGGCAGUCUUCCAAUGAUGCUAGCGCCAGCCAAGGUACCCGGCACACUGAAAGAGGUGACCGGCAACAUGAUGACACUAUCGUAUAAUGUCGGUUUAACGACUGGUUCACUUAUUGGUUAUGUUUUUGAAUCCAUGCUGGGUGCACAGCUCACCAAUCCAUGUCCGACUUACCCGUAUGCGCCGGCCUCAAUGUUAGAUCCAACGGGUGCACAUGCGCAGCUUAUUAGCACUACUAGCACGACCAGCACCGCUGCGCCCAUAUUAAAUACAACAGCCGUUGCGGCGGCGUUGUUCACCACAACAGUUUCCACAUUAUUACCGACCACCGAAGCGAGCACAACGGCUUUGGCGACCACAACAGCAGCGGCAGCUGUCUCCACAACCAGCACAAGUGUUGCGCCGCUGUUGCCCACAUUAAUAACGCCUACUACCGCGUUGGUGACCUCUACUGCGGCGGCGAUCUUAAGUUCGGUAGCGGGCACCAUCGACAAUGUAUUCUCUGCUGUCGUGAGCACUGUCUCAACGGCGGCUCUGGGCGACUUGACUGGCGAGACGAGCAUAAGCACCACGGAUCCACAAACGCCAAUAGAGCUGAUGCAACAGAUUUAAAUGGAUAUAGCGAGCUCGGUCAUAAGUGUGCCACGAGAUUGAAAGGUGUUUUAAUGAAAAAUAAAGUUUUGACAGUGCUUAAAAACUUGUUUUUGGACAGUCUUGUCGGGAAGGAGAGUUUGAUCUGCAAGGCCGCUAUAAUAUUUGACAGAUUUGUUGUGGUUUAUGAAGUAUUGUAAAUAGCUGCUUUAAGUUUUUGUAUUCAAGUCGAAAAAUAUGUGGGUGUGUUGAACUUUCUUAUUACAUAGACCUCGCUAUGUGUGCUUGACUGAAAUGGCGGUGGUCGUGUUUAUAAUAUAAAACUAUAAUUGUCACAUGAACAAAAUGCAGAGAUACACCCAUUUAGUUUCACUGAAAUCAGCGCAUGACACAAAAUUGUUAACAACAAUAAGCAAAAAAAGGUUUUAAAAAAGAGAUAAUACAUUUUACUCGUACUUGCUGCUAAUGGCAUGUCAUACUCAUACCAAAUAUGGUACAUAAUAAUAUACUCAUACAGAUAAUUAGAUUACCUACAUACCAACAUUCAUAAUUAGAUACUAAUGAUUCUACCAUAAAUAACUGAAGUAAAAAAAAAACGCAUGCGAGUAAAAAUAAGCGCCUAAAGGUAUUAAUGACAAGCUGUAGGCGUGGCCAACUUUUAAGCGCCAAGCGUGUGGACGCGAGUGUAAAUGCGCGCCUAAAGAUAGGCUACAAGGUUUAAAACAAGCUACAGCCAUUGCCUACUUUUAAGCGCUAAAUUUUUAGCUCUACUAGGUGCACCAGUAUUUCAAGACUUCCUUGUUUGGUUUUAUAUACUCGUAAAUAUCACCCUAACUUAUACUCAGUUAAAAAUGAAAAUACAAUAUUAAAAUUGAAGUAUUAUAUUAUAUUAGAAUGAAAACAGUAAAUCGCGUGCAGUUUAGUGGAUGUGCGCUAGAAAUUAAAAACAAUAAAGAAAACAGUUAAAAACGCGUAUAAUUCAGAAACUUCAAGUGAAGUUGAUACUUACAGUAAGUACAUAUAAUAUAUUAGAAGACAGUGUGACGAAUACUUUUAGGCAUGUUACCAUGUUUUUCCACCAUAAAUUCCGAAAAUUACAUGAGAUAUAUUUUUAAUAUGUGCAUACAUAAUUACAUACGUAAGAAUUAAAAAUAAAAGGGAAAUUUAAAUAAUAUUUAAAUUAAAUUAAAAAAAAAAAAAAUUUAUGAUAAAGCAAUCGGAUUUGCCGAAAACUCUGUAAUGGUAACUAUACUAAUUAUUUAAAAUUUGAAUUUUUAAAAUUUGCGAUAUUCGUUGCUUACAAUUUCCUUUUUGUGCCUUAUUAUUAAUAUUGUUAAAGGAGUUUUUGUUGUUUAUUAAAUGUAUACAUUUACUGCAGUGGGUUUCCAAAUUAUGCAAUACUUACAAAAACUAUAUAAGUAAAUAUUUAGUGAAUGUGAAUUUUAGUACUCAGCACUGAGAAAGUUUUCAAAUAUCACUAUAAAAAGAGUACACUAGUUCCGUUAACUUUAAAAGUAACGAGGGUAAGAAAAGUAAAGUCCAUCAAGUAGAACAUUGUCAAGUCUACAAAUUUCAAAUAUGCUACAUGUUAGGAGAGCUUAGGUAUUGAGAGUUAUCAUCCCAACAAAGAUAACGAUAACACUUUAAUAGUAUAAGACCCGUCCUUUGUGAAAUUAGAAAACUGUUAUAUUCAAACAAACCAAUCAUAUAACGAUAAAAACCUAUUCCAAAACUUUUAAGGUGACUUAUUAUGGGUGCAGGCGACUUAUUAGGACUUAUAAGGCAUAUAUAACUAAAGGUAUGAGGUUCAAGGUGUUUCAAUAAUAUGCUAGUAUUCUUUAAGCUUCCUUGCAAGAUUUUCAGAUUUAUAGUUUUCUACAAUUCCGUUUUGACCAAGAAGGCUUAUAAUAAAGUUGCUCGAUGCUACAUAUUAAUAAUGAGGCUAAGUAAUGCUUCACUAGUUUUAAGUGAAUCUUAUUGAUUCUGAUUUUAAGUAAUGACUUACAGUUCUUUAAGAGUAUUUACUACUGCGAGCAGUUGACAUUUUCUUAGGAAAAUUUAGGUUAUGGUUAUUUUUGAUCUUGAAUCGAUGUCAAAACAAAAAGCGGCUUUGGACUUGGUAACAAAUUUCACAAAAAAAGCAUGAGUUUUGGCUGGAUUUAACUGAUAGACUAUAACCGGUGUCUGUGUAGAGAUAAUAAUAUAAAAGGUCAAGUAACGGAAACUUCUUCACUACAUAUCCUUCGUCAUUACUUAGGAUAAAACCAUGCACAAUACUUAAUGAUUGUGAGUUAUACAAUUUUUAACUUUCUUUAAUACCUUUUUAGCAAUAGUGUUGCGAUUUCGACACCCACUGUUAGCCGUAUAUGAAAUUUAGACUCUUCUUAACCCAAAUUUUAUGUAAAUUGAGCUUUUUAGUUAAUUUAUCUUUCUCCUUUUCUUCUUAUCUUCUUAUAUAUAUUUUUUUAAUAUUCACCCCUAUUUUUCAAAAGGAAUCUAAACCGAGUAAUCUUUUAGCAGCUCUAUAGUUCUUGCCUGCUAAUGUAAAGUAUCGCUAAAAUCAAAAGUCAAAAAAAAAAAUAUGAAUACUAUAUAGUUUCAUUUAUAGCAAAAGCAAAAAAAAAGGAAAAAAAAUGGCAACUGUUAUCAUUGUUCGUGAAAUAUGUAUAUUUGUUGUACGUACUCGUAUGUUAUUGUGAUUUUGUUUAAAUUUGUAAGUCGUAACACGAAAUGAAAAUGUGAAAUGUUUUGUGACUUUUUUGAUAAGCAAAAGCUAUGAAUUUUGUUUAUCGAUCGGUGGUAAUUGUAAUAUGAAUAUGCGGGAAAAUACAUUGUAAGUUAAUAGAAAUAUGAAUAAAGUGAAAUUUCAAAAGGUAAAAA